AUGGACCAGUCGUUGAAGCAACCCAUGGCGGAAUACAUCCACUUAGAAGAGUCGGAGGGGCACCUAUCCAAUUUGGAAGACCAGAGUACGCUCAACCACUUGGGGGAUACCCUUGGCAACCCGCCACGUCCUCCGGACCCAACAGUUGAACUGAAACCAGCGUUUCUACUCACCCAAGAAGAAAAGGAAGGAGUGGGAACAGGACUGACAGAAGCAGGUCAGAGUUCACUCAACCAUUUAGGGGAUACCUUGGGCAACCCACCACGCCCCCCUGACAGGACAUUUGAAGAGAAGCCAGAGUUUCCCUUUACCAAGAAGGAAGCUGAGGUACUGGAAACAGGAAUGGCGGGGUCCGAUCAAGUCGCACCAUGGACAGCGGAUCCAACGAUGUUAUCACACCUGGGCCUUCCUAACUCAUCCAUAAAACAAGUAGGGUAUUACACCGAUGAAGAAACCGGCCUCCCAAUGAUUAACAUUAGCACCUUGACCCACAGAGCCUCAAUCAUGAUCACCUUGGAGAUAGAGGGUUGCUCAACGGAAGCUGUGAUUGACAGUGGAGCGGAAAUGACAGUUAUAUCGGACAAGCUGUUCCGUAAAUCGACGGACCAACCACCCACCGUACAAGAAGUCGUGCUGAAGAAUGCCGGGAGAGACCUCAAAAUGAAAGGCUUCAUAACGGAUAUGACUAGAAUACGUAUCCAAGGGAAAACCUAUCGAUUGCCCAUAUGUGUGGUGCCAAUAGAAGACGACAUGUUACUGGGAGCAGAUUUCAUCCUUCGCCAUUGCAAUAGCAUUAACCUGGAGGAGCAUGUCUUAGUUGUCGGUGGAAUGGAAGUUCCUAUGAUGAUCAAGUCACGAAGAGGUCCCGCAGGGUGUGGAAUCCGGAUGGCAUCCAAGACUAGUAUUCCCCCAAUCUCUGUGCGAAUGGUCCAGUGUGCGCUCACCGAGGAGCUCCGCCAGUAUAUGACGGAGCCCGAUGAGACCAUUUUGGGAAAAGUUCUUAUCCCCCGAAUACUGCAUGGGCCAGGCAAAGAACCAAUCAUAUGCAUGAUAAAUCCCACCGAGAGUACUGUCAAGCUAAGUGAAGGACAAGAGGUAGGCUUAGCCUCAGAGGUGGAGGAAAUCAACCCGGAUGAAGAUUCCCAAGGCCAGGGCUGGAGUGAAACCACUCAUCAGGAUGAAGGGGACAUCGACUCACAGACGGACGAUGAAAGUGUCACAUCGACUCCAUUUCCUAAUCCACCACAACAUUUGGAAGACUUGUACUAUCGUUCUUCCACACAUCUCAAAUUACCAGACAUAAGGAAGUUGGCCGAGCUUUUGAUUGAGUUUCAAGAUGUGUUUGCUCGAGAUGAAUUAGAUCUAGGCAACUUCAGCGCCCUAGAACACACCAUUGAUACCGGGGAUGCCAAGCCAAUUAAACAGAGGAUGCGAAGAACACCUCUUGGGUUCGCGGAGGAGGAAGAAGCCCAUCUCACCAAAAUGCUUAAGGCAGGAGUCAUUCAACUAUCUACUUCCGAGUGGGCCGCAGCACCGGUGCUCAUACGCAAGUCUGAUGGAGGGGUACGUUGGUGCGUCGACUACAGAUCGCUGAAUUCAGUUUGUUCGAAGGAUGUCUUCCCUUUGCCGCUGAUAGAUGAAUGUCUCGACACUCUCGCUGACAGUCAGUGGUUCUCCAAGCUGGACGCCAACUCUGCCUACUGGCAGAUAAAGAUCAAAGAGGAAGAUCGCAAGAAGACUGCCUUUGUUACCAAGUAUGGGUUGUUCGAACACGUCCGGAUGGGCUUUGGCCUUUGCAAUGCCCCAGCCACAUACGCCAGGGUAAUGUCCUUGAUUUUGAGCGGACUGAGUUGGGACAUCGUUCUGGCCUUCCUCGACGAUGCGGUAGUGAACGGUCCGGGAAUACCCGGGCACUUUGUCAACCUGAGGGCAGUGUUGGAGAGGUUCCGGAACUACAGCUUGAAACUGAAACCCAAGAAAUGUGUCCUAUUCCAGAGGAAAAUCGAAUUUCUAGGCAGGAUUAUCAGCCCCGGACAGAUCCAGAUCAAUGAAGAGGACCUGACAGUGGUGAAAGAUUGGCCUAUCCCAAGGACGACCAGGGAAGUGGAAAGUUUCCUGGGACUAGCCAAUUAUCACAGGGUGUUCAUAAAAGACUAUGCUAAGAUGGCCGUUCCCCUCUAUAACAUUAUGGGAAAGAAGCCAUUCGACUGGGGGAGUGAACAGCAAGAGGCCUUUGAAGAGCUGAAAGAAGACCUUAUGUCCCCACCAGUCCUGGGCCUCCCAGAAACACAGGUCGUUCCAUAUUAG